AUGCUCAAGACCUACCAGAAGUACGGCGCCCAGGCCCCGUCCGACGUCCAGUCUGCCGCCGCUGCUUCGACUACUGGCACCGUCAAUGCCUCGCCCGAGGACCAAUACGACUCUCUCUACCUCUGCCCCGUUGAUAUUGGCGGCAGCACUCUCCAGCUGGACUUUGACACUGGCUCCGCAGACCUGUGGGUGUUCUCCAACAAGAUGGCCUCGAGCGAGCAGACGGGCCACGAGGUGUACAAGCCUGGCGACUCGGCCAAGGAGCUCAGCGGCGCGAGCUGGGACAUUUCGUACGGGGACGGGAGCGGCGCGUCGGGAGUCGUGUACGCGGACAAGGUCGUGGUUGGCGGCGUGACGGCAACGUCUCAAGCGGUCGAGGCCGCGACGUCGGUGUCGCGCUCCUUCACGCAGGACGUCGACGACGACGGCCUGCUCGGUCUGGCGUUCAGCUCCAUCAACACCGUCUCGCCCGAGCCGCAGAAGACGUUCUUCGACAGCGUCAAGGGGCAGCUCGCCAAGGCGCUGUUCGCCGUGACGCUGCGCCGCGGCGAGGCGGGCACGUACGACUUCGGCUUCAUCGACGAGAGCAAGUACGAGGGCGAGAUUGUGUACUCGGACGUGAGCACGGCGAACGGGUUCUGGGAGUUCACGCCGUCGGGGUACGCGGUGGGCGCGGACGGGGAGACGGUCGAGGCGUCGAUCAAGGCCAUCGCCGACACGGGCACCACGCUGCUCUACCUGCCCGAGGACGUCGUCACGGCGUACUACGAGAAGGUCGAGGGCGCGUCGUACGACUCGCUGCAGGGCGGCUACGUCUACCCUUGCGACAACGACCUGCCCGACUUCACCCUCGUCAUCGCCGGCCAGAAGCGCACCGUUCCCGGCGCCUACGUCAAGUACGCCCCCGUCUCCCUCGGCCAGUGCUUCGGUGGCAUCCAGCCCAACACCGGCAUCGGCUUCUCCAUCGUCGGCGACACCUUCCUCAAGGCCAUGUACGUCGUCUUUGACCAGUCGACCAGCCAGCCCCGUCUGGGCUGGGCGCAGCAGAAGACAAACUACUCGUCGUAG